AAAGCGCUCGCCUUCCACAAAGGCGUGCUGGAAGUGGCUUUUGUGCGAUUCAUGCCACGAGAACAGUUAGGCAUUUACCGCGAGUAGCCCGCAGCGGAGCAUUUCCUUCGACUGACGCGCCGAUAGCGUCGCACGGUUCACCGGGAUUCGUUUAACGCGAUUCAUAGGAAAGUUGCCGACGUUGGUGCGGUUACACGACAGCCAGUGUCGACCGUGUCGCCGGCACAUAGUCGAGAAUCGCCUUCAAUGAAGUACGAAUUCCAGAUUUACGUCCCGAACAACCUGCAAACAAUACAGCCGCCUCGAACGAGCCUUCCAACCUACGAGGACGCUUGAACCCCACGAGGCGCAGCGAAGAAAGAAGUUGGCCAGCCUACUAAAAAUUCAAAACGCGAGCGAAUUUCCCCGGGAAUAAAUUUCCAAGUUUUCUCCGCGAGAACAGCCGAGCAAAUACAGCGCGGCGAGCUUACCCAACCCCGGAACAAACUAGGAAGUUUGACGCAUUGCCGGUGAAUAAACCGAAACGAUUGGUACGCAACAUUUGCCAGAAGAAAGGAGAAAUAACUUUAACUUUUCAACCUCGUUCGCGUUCAUCGAAUUAGAACAGGGACAAUGAAUACUCAAUCGAAUAUAACGACAAAUUCGGAAUUCAAAAAUCGAGGCGCGAUGCAAACGAUAACCUUGUCUGAGGCUGAUGGAAAAGACUACCCUGCAUCGCCUCGAGGAAGAACCUCGCACCUCCGAAGACAAAGCAUGUCCCUGACUGCCGUUAUAAACCAUAGAAGGGGUCUUCUCGGAGCGUUGAUUUCAGGAAUAGGCAGUAACAUGUCCCUACCGUCCUGUAUACCUCAGGAUCAAGAGUUCUUGACGGGACAACCGCCGGGGUACAAGGCUCAAACGCCGCUUCUCAACAAUCAAACUCACGCGGAGAAAAACGACGAGGCGCAAAAGCAACGGCCAAACUUCUUACCAUUGGCGCCCGUCAAUGCGGCUUGCGUGCCCAUCAACGCUCUGGAAGCCGCGAAAACUGCUAAACAGCAGAUCGUGGAUCAACGGUGGAAACCCGCGGAGAAGGGAAAAUGCCAUCGGGAAAUGAUAUCGAUCGUAAGCACCCUUUACGCAAAAUUGCUCAUCGUCAUUGGAAUCACCGUACCGAUCACAGCCAGCGUCACCGAACGAGUUCCGCCUUCUCUGAAUCAGGGAUUUUACCUCUAUCUGUAUUUGGUCAGCGUCGCUUUCGUGAUCGCGAUGUACGUCAUCAUGUUGAGAGACAAAGCCGUAAAGAAUCUGGCACGGAAGAACGAGAAUAAAGAACAGACUUACGCGUUCAACGAGAAAGGUGACCGCGAGAACGUCGAUCAGAUGCAACAGUACGGUAGCUUUUGUCUGAGGCUCGGCGCAGUGGGAUUUGGCGCUGGCUCGCUGGUAUUUACGGGAUUGCAAAUUGGGGCGGAAAUAGCUUCCGGUCCGUUCAGGGCGAUUACACCGGGUGCCAGACUGCUGUUGGUCACGGCCCAGAUGCACUUCAUAUUCCUGAACAGCAGAAGUCUCAGCAUGUCGAAACACACAGCCCUCGCGAAGAUAGGUCUGAUGCAUAUGAUCGCGACCAAUCUCUGCGAAUGGUUACAGGCACUCGUCGAAGAAACGCAACACGAAAUCGAUCAACUGGGCCAUACGCACGACGACGAGGACGGGAUCUUAAAAUCCCUUCUAAGAGACGCGAGCCCGUUCCUUUUUCCAUGCACAAUUGAAUUCAGUUUAAUUUGCGCGGUGAUACUGUUCGAGAUGUGGAAGAGGGUGAACGAGAAGAUCGAUGCAAAGAACGAGAGUCCGACGAGAUCUUCGUAUCAUCUUAGCAUAGACUGCAGCAGCUCUCACAGAGGUCUUUUCGGCGGGAUUCUGGUCGUCGCGGCAACGAUACUCAGCUUGAUUAUGUUCUUCGUGUUGAAGGAGGCCAAAAUGAAUAUAGCUAUCGUGCAAGUGACCGCGCUAGACGCGACUAUACUCGGUUUAGGCAUGAUCGCAUCGAUCGCCGGAACUCUGAAGUUGCAAGCCUUGCAACAAAAGAUCAUCAAGCCGUCAGACUUGGACACGACGUUAUUGGCCGCGGCUCAAGCCGGAGUUUAUCUGCACUGUCUGUUCGGUGUUGUCGGUGACAUAUUAACGAUGGGACAGAUCUGGGUGCUGUCGCUUUUUACAGACUUAUUGGCCCUGAUGCAAAGCACCAGCCAAACUUUGCUCAUUAAAAUCGCGUGGGGAAGACGGUGCUCGAGGAACGACAAGCCUGGCAAAGAACUAAUCACCUUUCUGAUAGUCGUCAACAUCGCCCUGUGGACGGUGAACACUUUAGAAAAAUCCCGCGCUGGGGUUCGACCGGAUCAUUUGCAAUUCUUCGGCGUUUGGGCGUGGACGAUCAUUACGCACGUUUCUAUGCCGCUUGCUAUAUUCUAUCGAUUUCACUCUGCAAUAUGCCUGUUCGAGAUAUGGAAGACCUGUUACAAGUGCAGGUCCACCAGCGUUGUACAAACGCCGUAUUGAAGUCAACGAUUUAUCCAAAACGAUCGAAUACCAUCCCUUGUAUAUAAUUUACGCAUCGAUAAAUUGUACAAACGUCGAGUAUCGUUUAACAAACGUAUUGCGCUACGCGAAAAGCAAACUCGAACGAACCCGGCGAAAUUGCGUUCCUCUUCAACCUUCCCUUUAAUUACCGGGCUAUUAAAAAGAGAGAAAACGAAAGGAAGGAGAAGGAGAAAGCAGGCGACCUUUCGCAAAUAACAAUGUUACAGGUCGUAGAAGGCAAACUUCCCGACGAUGUCUGCUACCCUGCCAUCGCGUGGAACUUGUAAGCUACCGGGUGACAAAGGGUGAAAGAGACGCUCCGAAGCUCGGCUGGCUGGUCGACGCGACGCGACGCGACGCUACGCGACGCGAUGGCACGAUUGCCGAAUCGAUAGAGGUGCGUACUCUUUUAUCGAUGUACACGGGAAAAGACACGAGGUAACGGUGAUGGUGGACAUCGACAGUUUGAUACGGUUUACGGUAAACACAUUUGGUAGCAAUCACAUCACAGGACCAGGCAAGCCUCGCUGCAGCGAGAAGUAGGUGAUGCUUCGGUGGUUGGAGAA